AUGGCGGUCUCCACCGAAGCUGCUGCGAUUAUCCAGCGCAAGAAGGCACAGUAUUGUCGCUUCGCCGACUCCAAUCAAUGGGACCGCUUCGACAGCAUCAUGCUGCCCAACGCGACCUUUCUGUUUCACAACCCAGAUGGGAGUGUAAUCACGAAGGGAGACAUCGAGUACUCGUGGUCUUCAACGAAGGACUGGGUGGCUUUCUUUGAGAAUGAGUUCAAGACGAUGCAGACGAUUCACAUUGUCGGACCAGCUGAGAUGGAGCAGAUAGCACCUGAUGAGAUCAAGUCUAUCUGGGCUGUUACAUAUCAUGCUGGGACGAAGGAACAUGAAGGUGGUGUUCAUGGAACGGGCGGUGGACAUUAUCAUGAGACGUGGAAGAAAGUUGCCGACGACUGGUUCAUGGAGAGCUUGAGGAUGGAGAGGCUUUACUGGAAGGUAUUGAGCGUUUGAUCGGUUCAUUCAAGGCGACUACAUAUAUCUGCAUCUAGUGGGAACCAUUCACGCCAUUGGUACCGUUUGUGCCAUUUGUACCGUU